AUGUUCAAUGAUAUUGCCGCAGUUACAGAAGUUGCUGAAUUUUUGGAGGUUCUUGAAGUUCCCGAAGAUGCAGAAGGUGUCGAAAAUGUUGAUGAUGUGCGUGAUACCGAUAGCUUUAAAAGUUUAAUGAAGUUAUUAGAAGAUGACGAAAAGGAUUUGUAUGCCUGUUGCUCAGAGUAUAGUAGAUUGUCGUUUAUUCUUCAACUGAUGCGUAUUAAGACCCUCAGCGGAAUGGCAGAUAAAUAUUUUCAAAUGCUUCUUAAUUUACUACGCAAGGUAAUUCCGGAUGGAGAGAAUAGCAUACCAGAAAAAUGUUAUGAUGCAAAUAAGAUCGUUGGCGCUCUCGGUUUAGAUUACACAAAAAUCCAUGCGUGUCCUAAUGAUUGUAUCCUGUAUUAUAAGGAUAAUGAGAAGCUUGAAGAAUGUCCAAAGUGUGGAGUGUCUCGUUGGAGGAAGAAUACACGCACUUCAACACGAAAGGCAGAUGAGCCUGUUAAGCAGCCGAAGAAAAUUCCAGCGAAGGUGCUCCGACAUUUUCCCUUAGUACCGCGUUUACAGAGGUUGUAUAUGACAAAAGACACAGCUAAAAACAUGCGGUGGCAUAAGGAAGGACGCGUAGUUGAUGGUAAACUCAGGCAUCCGGCAGAUGCAGAUGCAUGGGAGCAUGUUGAUCAAUCUUUUCCUUGGUUUUCCACAGAGUGCAGGAAUGUUAGACUCGGUCUAUCUAGUGACGGAUUCAACCCGUUUGGCAUUAUGAGUUCAGGUUGGUCUACUUGGCCCAUUGUGUUAAUACCUUAUAAUUUACCACCUCGACUUUGUAUGAAGCAACCGUAUAUGAUCCUUUCAUUGCUGAUACCAGGCAAACACUCACCCGGUAAUGACAUAGAUGUGUUCAUGGAGCCGUUAAUUGAUGAGUUAAAACUUCUCUGGGAUGAAGGGGUCCAAACGUAUGAUGCAUUUUCCCGUCAAACGUUUAAUCUUCGUGCUAUUCUUAUGUGGACCAUUAAUGAUUUUCCAGCUUAUGCUAAUCUCUCCGGUUGGUCUACAAAAGGAACAUUUGCUUGUCCCGUAUGUGGUCCAAACUUUGAAGGCUUUCAUUUACAACACAGUAGAAAGAUGUGUUAUUGGUUUAACAGAAGAUGGUUACGUAAAGGACAUAAAUACAGAGGGAAAAGGUGGGCGAAUAAGUUUGAUGGCCAAGAAGAGAAAAGAGGAGAGCCGCACGUAAUGACUGGAGAUGAAAUUGUAGAAUUAUUUGAGGGAUAUCCUAAAAAUAAGUUUGGAAAGAGCCGAUAUACAAGAGAAGAUAUUCUAGCUCCAAGACGCAUUUCCAUUAUGAAGAAGGCACCGAAACGAAAGAGAAAAGUGUGCAUUACGGAUGAGACACGUGAUGAGGAAUUACCAAAAGGAUGGACAAAAUUUAGUAUAUUUUUUCAGCUACCGUACUGGCAAAAGCUAAAAAUUCGGCAUAACCUAGAUGUAAUGCAUAUUGAAAAAAAUAUAUGUGAUAACAUGUUGUCCACACUCUUACAAGAUGGUAAGAAAUCAAAGGACGAUUUACGAGCUCGGCGAGACUUGAAUGCAUUGAACAUCCGACAUGAUCUGCAAGCACGAGAAGUUACUGACGGCAAAUUUGAGUUGCCCUCAUCUCGCAUUACGAUGACAAAGGUUGAGAUGCAAAGAUUCUGUGAGGUGCUCAAAUCGGUAAAGUCGCCAGAUGGUUACUGUUCUAAUAUUUCAAAUAAUGUCCAGGUGAAAGAGCGAAAAAUUUUGGGACUUAAGACUCAUGAUUAUCACAUCCUUCUUCACCAAUUGCUUCCUGUGGCACUCCGUAACAAUAUGGUUGAUGAUGAAGUAGCAAAGGUUAUAAUUGAAUUCUGUGGAUUUUUUAGAAAGUUAUGCUCAAAAGUUAUCAAUGUUACAGAAUUUAAGACACUAAAAGGAGAAAUGAAUGAAACCCUUUGCAAAAUGGAGUUAUUCUUCCCUUAA